CCAAGGAGCGUCGUUUGAAUUUCGGUCACAUUGGUUCAGGGAGAGGUUUAGUCUUUGGUGCAUUGUUGACAAAAAGCUCUUCGCAUAAGACUUAUAUCGGCUGGCAACAGUCUGGCUUCAUUGACGCUGUUUUGUGAACUAGUAUUGGAGGAUGCCUCGUCAUGAUCCUGACAGUUCUUCUGCAAGCCGGCGCAAGGGUGCAGUACCCAAGCGUCGGCCUCCAGCCUCCACCGCGACUGCUUCAACAUCAAAGGCAAAGGCACCACGGCUGAGCAGACCAUCGGCCUCUGCCGUUCCAGCUCCCCCCCCGCGAAAAAAGACAAGGUUUCGCCCUGGCACCCGAGCUCUGAUGGAAAUUCGCAAGUACCAGAAGAGCACUGACUUGCUUUUGCGCAAGGGACCGUUUGCACGCCUGGUUCGGGAGGUGUGCCAUACUUAUACCAGGGACUUCAUGAGAUGGCAGGUGAACGCUCUUCUGGCCUUACAGGAGGCUGCAGAGGCUUUCCUUGUUUUACUGUUUUCCGACGCCUACCUGUGUACAAUCCACGCCAAGCGUGUAACGCUGUUCCCCCGUGACAUUCAGCUUGCCCGGCGAAUUCGAGGAGUGGAUGACCUCUGAGAAUGAGCAGUUUGGCUUGGGAUGGGGUCUGUUGUAGCCUCUCUUCUUCUUGUCACUCAAGCUCAGCCAAGGUGACCAUGGACCAUGGGGUGUUGAGGACCUAACAAUGCUACGUUUUGAUGCAAAGCAUUAGUGGACCUAAUUUGCCCCAAACACACAUGCAUUAUGUUCAUGCCAGUUAUAACCUCAGUAUAUUCUAUAACAAAAUGCUAACUCAGGCAAAGACUAUUGACCAAUGUUUUGCAUUUAGAAACACUUAUUUUUUUGUACAUUGUGAAGGGAAAACACUGUUGGGUAUACUGCUUUAGUUCAUCUGUGUUUUGGACCUCAAGGUACCUAAGCCAAGGUAAAAUCUGUAAAAUAUUAGAUUUUCUGUAAAUAUUUUAGAUAAAUUGUUUUCAUGUUUGAUGUAAAUAAAUGUUUUUAUUCGGUACAAAAACAAUUCGAAAUGGCUUACAUUUGUAUACCCCUGUUUCAUAUGUGCAGGGAUAAAAUCAUAGAAUUACAUGUAGUGGAUUAUAUGAUGUCUAUGGACAACCUGCUAAUGACACAUUUCUGUAAUGAAGGGUGGUGACCCAUACAGCUAUUGUAGCACUACAGAUCCAUUCCUUAUAACCUGGACAUGACUUUCUUUCACGUAAACCUGUUAUUUAUCAUGCCCAAUUUUAACAUGUCUCUGUGGUGUUUUUGUGCACGUGGUUUCAUCCACCGCCUUUUGUCUCAUUGUAUUUUCAUCCAAUGGUGUGGUGUUGCCAGAUGCCCCUUUUGGCUCUCCCUUUUUUAAUUGGUCUCUUGGGACAGCUUUCUGCUGCCUCCUGGCCCCUGAUCUACCUGCUUUCCCAGCAGGCAGCCAAUCAGAUUUUCUGUUUACAUGUGUGCUAGGGCAUCACUUGUGACCGCGAAACCCACCGGGCAACAUUAGAGUUAGAUGUUUAAACGGCACAGCAGUUGAACGACUACAGACAAGUGGGAACACUUUCUGCGUAGGAUCCCUUUUAAUGGCGAGGAUUUUUUUAAGUCAAAGAGAAGGUGUUCAUGUAUUCACAUGGACAGAGAAUAGUACUGUUUAUUCAAGUGCCAUAAUGUACAUUAAUGCAUUUUAAAGGGGAUAUUAUUCAUGGAUGCAAAAUAGGUGCAUUCUUUCGGGCCAUCGACACAUCAGGUAAGGCAAUUUUAUGCUCUUGAGUCUAGUCAAGCCAAUUCAUUGAAUAGCAAUGUUAAGAGCAAUAUAUUCUUGUUCCAUGUUGUUUACUUGCGUGUAUUGUAAAUGUUUGUUAACGGUGCAUUUUAGGAUUGGAAAUGGAAGUAUCCACUGCAAGGAUAGUGUUAGAAAUCAACUUAAUGAAGUUGUGUAGUGUAUAAACAAGAACUCUUUAAAUGUCUUAUUGUUAUUUGAUGUGAUCCACAUCCCUCUUUUCCCCUCUUGUCAUUAGAGCAGCACCCUGGAGGGCUUAUUGUAUGGCGGCUUCCAUGGUGACAAGGGGGAGGGGUCUGUGAACCAAGGGAGCAGCCAGUCAGGAGAGGAGAAUUCCACAGCCAGUGUAAGCCCCAGCUAGCCGGAACCAAUUAUGUUUGUCUGUAGCCUGGUCCCUGACGUUUCUGACAGCCAAUAGUCAAAGGAGUUGGCUAAAACCCAUACACUCCUGUAGAAGGGGACUAUAUGAUAGCAUAUGCCCCAGGUUUGUGAGCAAUCAAAUAUGUUUUAUUAACAUUCCUAAACAGACAUUGUAUCUGAAAUUUUUUGUAAAUAAACAAAUUCGGGAAUUG